GCUCCACUCCUUCACUCACAGCCCUGUGGAAAGAGAAGGGUUUAUUACCGAAUUUAACUUUAUUACACUCUUUUUCAUUUCAUCUUUUAUUUGAGAGAAAUUAAAUCCUGUCAGCAAGGAGCGCAUAGACUCACCUGGAGAAGGAAUCAGGAGGAUAAUCAAAUAGCCUUCUUCUUCUUCUUCAUCAUCAUCAUCAUCAUCAUCAUCACUAAAAUUGGACCUUGUACGCAGGAGGGUUGAGUGAUUCACAUCCGGGUCAUGCCAGGUGAAGGCGCGCGCGCUGGCGGAGCGGAUCAGCCCAAAGCUCCGGCCGCUCACUUUGAGGAAGUUUUAUCCUCAUUCCCUGUGGACGGAGCCGCUCCGAGCUCGAGCCCCGCGUACUUUAUCCAGUCCAACACCACCCAGGAUAUCUCGAGCCCGAGUCCGGCUCACUUCCUGCCCUACCCGACCCGGACCGGCCCAGGUGUUUCCAGGUGUUCAGCGUCUCUCCAUUACGGCUUCUCCUCUCCAUCUUCUUCCUCCUCCUCUCCCUCCUCCUCCUCGACAUCGCACGCGGCGUUCGGUGCCGCUUAUCAUCAGUUCACGCACGGAUCCGCGAACCUGUACCCACCUGCAUAUGACGGCGCGGAGCACUGCGCGCGCGGGGACCGGAGAGCUCAGGUGUACCUGUGUAACCGCGCGCUCUGGCUCAAAUUCCACCGACAUCAGACCGAGAUGAUCAUCACCAAGCAGGGCAGGAGGAUGUUCCCCUUCCUGAGUUUCAGUAUUUCAGGUCUAAGUGUUUCCUCUCACUAUAAUGUGUAUGUGGAGAUCACACUUGCUGACCCCAACCACUGGAGAUUUCAGGGAGGGAAAUGGGUGACGUGCGGCAAAGCUGAUAACAACCUACAGGGGAAUAAGAUUUAUAUCCACCCUGAAUCUCCAAACACUGGUGCACAUUGGAUGCGGCAGGAAAUUUCAUUCGGCAAACUGAAACUGACCAACAACAAAGGAGCAAACAACAGUAACACACAGAUGAUCGUCCUGCAGUCGCUGCAUAAAUAUCAGCCACGGCUGCACAUCUCUGAGGUUCCUGCGGACGGUCUGGACUCUGAGAGAGAGACACGCACACAGACCUUCGUCUUCCCUGAGAGCCAGUUCAUUGCUGUGACUGCAUACCAGAACACUGAUAUCACACAGCUGAAGAUUGACCACAAUCCAUUCGCCAAAGGAUUUAGAGACAACUAUGACUCGAUGUACAUGGCUCCUGAGGGUGAAAGGUUAACUCCGCCCCCUGCUGAUUCCCCACGCACUCAUCAGCUGGUCUCGAGCGCCCGCUACCCGGUGCAGCCGUUCCUGCAUGAUCAGUUUGUGAACGCUCUGCCCCCGAGCCGUUUCUACAGUGCUGACCGCUCGCUGCAGCCUCCGGAGGAGUGUACCGCACCCCACCGCUGGCUCGUGACCCCGGUGCAGCAGCCCUACGAGUCAGAGUACCUGCCCUAUGCCCUGAGCUCUCGCGCCCUCACCUGCUACUCUGACUCCGCAUUCGCCUCUAUGGCCACCAGCUGGGGGUCAAAGGUCAGCUACCAGAACAAGAUACCUGCCAGUUUGCCCUGGUCCCCUCGGCCGAGUAACAGCGUAAGUCAGGACAAAGUGCGUGAGGAUGACUGGGCGGAGUCUGUGGCAUACACUGCGGUGUGUAAACGCAGACGCGUGUCACGUGAUGAGUCCAGCACUGAAAACUCGCCACCAAUCAAGUGUGAGGACUCGCGAUCGGAAAACUACGGAAAAGAUGUUUCAUCUGGCCCCAAGAGUUGUGACAGAAGCCCCCGCUAGCAUGCAUGAGCUAGCAAUUGGCUAGGGUCACUGUGAUUGACAGGUAUGCCCCUCCCUCCCUCUCUCCCAAAGACCAGAUCCGGUUUUGCUCCCUUGACCCCGGCAGUGUCCAAGACAUCAGAUCGGACAUCUCAGUGCGUUUAGGGACGAACGCCUUUCUGUUACACGACUGAUGUGAAGCGAUUGUUUUUCACACAAAGGCUGAAUCUCUGCAGGCUUUCAUGUGGUUUGUGAGGUGUAGUACCUGAAACUGUAAACACUGGUUGAAGAUAUUUCCUCCCACACAGCUGAACAUCGAGUACGUAAAAGUGUUCAGAUCUAGCAGAUAGAGAACGCACUGGACCACACAGCAGCUUCUCGCUCAUCAUCUGCAGCUCCAAAAAAAACCUCACACACUGCUCUCUGUGGCGGAAUCGUCUCGGUUCUCCUCAUUGUGCCGGAACGAUGUCUCAGAAUUCCAGCUCGGGAAAGUUCUCGGGAAUCCUGAGACUUUCAGGUGGAUGUGUCUGAGUCUGAAACGUUCAUCCGGCUGAAGGCAGCAUCAGUGACUCACUGGUCCUGCACUUUACACUCUGAUAUGAGUUUAUAGUUAAAAAUCUUUCUGUAGUUAAAGUAAAUGUCACUGAAAUGCUCAUCGUCAUCAUAUUGUUUAAAAUAUAUUAUAAUAUUUCAGAAAGUUGUUCAAAACAUCAUUUGAUGUGAAAUUUCAGAAGGAACAGAAUUCUGAUGAAGCUCCUCAGUAAGAACAUGUGGACCACAGGGAGAACCUGUGAGAGAACCUGUGAGAGAACAGGAGAGACGUUAAUCGCCGUCUGCGUUAGCGAGCCUUGUCUUGAACUUGGCGCUGAUGUGUGUUAAUGAUCACAGUGUAUUGUGUGAGCCAUAAUCAGAAGAAGCUUAAAUGUACUUUAACGCCUGAUGAAAUAAAGCACUUGGAUUUUAAACGUCUCAUUUCUACAAAGGAACGCUGACGUGUGUAUGCUGCGGGGAUUCUGCUCCGAUUUACCCACAAUGCAUCAGUGUUAAAGGCGGUUUAGGUGUAACAGAGACUGUGACGUGACUCUGUGAUGGUGUGACUCCGUUGUGUUUAAUCUGUUAAAUUGUGUAAGUAAAGUUUCUCAUGCCUUCUCAUGACUCUUCCAUGGUUUUAUGUUGUGUGAAUACAGCAGUGAGAUUUUUUCUGAAUAUUUAGAUCUACAUUUUACAUUAAAUUUUAUAAAUAAACAUAUUCAUCAGAUUCUGCAGCGUUAUAUAGGUGAAAGUUAUAAAUGACGGAUUAUUAAUUUUUUUGUACAGCAUUCAUGUUUACAAUUUACACACUAAGCUACACAGAGAGAGAGAGAGAUAAGGGGGCGUGGUCAUGUUAAUGAGAAGGAGCUGAAUUGCCCUUGUAUAGGGUGUGAGGUUGUGUUACUGAACUUCAGCACAACCUGACCGCUCACAUCCUGCUCUAUAAUCACCAGGGGGCGCCGCAGCA